AAUUCCAGAGAAGAAGAAUCGCGAGUGCAAGCAGGGGCUGCCGAUGUCCGAACGCUCAAGAAAAACGGGUCAUGUCGACCACUGCGUCGCUUCGCGGAAGCAGUGCUUGGGUGUCGUCUACUGGUACGCACUCAAGGUACCCAGAAAGCACCGUUCCGCCGGAACGGCGGCAGCAACAGCCGGUGGCGGUGAUCGUCCCCAGCUACUCUAUGGUGACGGUUGCCGUGGUCUGGGUCACUGGAGCGCUCUUCGGCGGCGUCGUGGGGGCGCUCGGGUACUUGGCCUUCGGGUACGUGACUGGGUCCGAGCCCGUGGUGCCCGCGACAACUGCAGCGACCACCACGACUACCACCACGACUACCACCACGACAGCACCUCCACCGCCUACGCCUCUACAGCCUACGCCUCCCCCUCCUACGCCUCCGCCUCCUACGCCUCCACCUCCUACGCCUCCGCCUCCUAUGCUUCCACCCCCUACACCACCACCGCCCAUACCACCACCUCCUACGCCUCCGCCUCGUACGCCUCCACCCCCUACACCACCACCUCCUACGCCUCCACCACCGCCGCCACGACCGCCACCGCCCCCGCCACCGCCACCACCUCCGCCCCCGCCACCACCACCGCCACCACCUCCGCCGCCGCCGCCUUCGCCGCCAUCAGCGCGGACCCCACCGCCCUUCGUGGUUCGACCCGUUUGUUACUCGGCCAGCUGCAUGAAGCUCGCGGAAGUCUACAGAAAGUCCGUGAAUCACCUGGUCGACCCGUGUCAGAACUUCGGAGGGCACGUCUGUGGGCUGUUCCGAGGGCCCUACAGGAGCUUCUUCGAAAAGGAAUCGGCCUGGGUCGCCGGUGGAGUGUCCCAUCUUGUAAGGUCGAACUACCGACAGAGCAAGGGCGCAAAGGGCAAGGCGAUGUUUCUGCUCGAGUCCUGCAGGGCCGUGUACAAGCAGGCGUGGUCCAGCCAGCAGGACCUGCGGAACUUCAUGACGCGGCUCAAGCUUUCCGUCGCGAACCGUCCGCCCCAGGGGGCGCCCGCGUCGGCCGACGCCGUGCUGGCGCUUCACGUCGAGCUGUCCUACGCGUACGGGCUGAGCGCGCUCCUCAAGAUGAGGCCCCGCGACGCGAGCUCGCUGGCCGUGCAGUUUCACGGCGCGCUCAUGCAGGCGGCUCUCACCUCGGACGACGACCCGGACUUCAUCAUAGGUCUGGCAAAAGUCCUCGGUAUCACGGGAGACCCGUCGGUGGUGAUGACCAGGACUGAGCUGUACACCAAGAUGAGGAUUGCUGUUGUGAACGCCCACCAGGGACAGGCGCGUCUGGCGACAUCUCGCGGCGUAAAGAAGGCAGAGGAACUGGCUUUCAGCGGCGUGACCCCCGGCGCGUUCGGCGACGCCGUCGAGGCCAAGACUCCGUACAAGCGCACCGCCAGCAUGUUCGUGACGCCCAUGCUCCAGGCCGUGCUGGAGUCGGUGUGGAGGGACAUGGCGAGCGGCGGCCAGCUGUUCACGUGGACCAGCUGGCACGUGGCCGAUGGGCUCCUCCACUUCGUCGAGCCGGCCUACACUGUCGAGUUGCACACUCAUCCCAGGCUGACGGGUGAGGAGGAGUUCAUGGCGGAGUGCGUGCGCAUGGUCUCGCAGGUGAUGGCGGCAGCCCUGGCAUCUGUUGCUGCCGUUUCUGUGCCAGCGGAUACGACCAAGACUGCGAUAACCGCCAUUGCACAUGUCGUAGCCGGAUGCCUGAGCGCAAAAAAGCAGUGGCUCUCCACGUUCGCCGCCGCCCCGAAGGUGUUCGUGGGUUCGCCGGAGUUCGUCAAGUACUACAACUCGCUGGACACGUUCUUCUCCGCGUUCCCGAGCGCGAACACCUCGGGUCGGCACUUCUUCGUGCAGUGGGUUGCGGCAGCUCAGGCGUGGCGCGACCACGCGCCUCCGGGCGAGCUCUACUUCGACCCGCUGGAGACGGCCGUCGACGUGACCGUUGACGGCACGGUCAUCGUGCCGGGGGUUUUGACCCGGGCGCCUUUCUUCCAAAAGGACGGGCCGGUCGCCGCCAAUGUCGGGGCGGUGGGUCAUCUCAUCGCCAGGGCUCUCGUCGAGAGGUACCUGCUGCCUAAUGCCACCGUCCCCACUGAGUGUGAGGCCCCAUCGGGCACCCGUUCGGACGACUCGAUCGAGAACCUCCUGGCUUACGAGUGCUCCCUGAAAGCGUUGGCCGCAAUGAGCGGAAGCCAGGACCAGCAGCUGCCCCAACUGGCCGAGCUCUCGCCGGAGAGGAUGUUCUUCAUCUCCGGCUGUCUCAAGGUGUGCCGAGCGUCGUCACCAGAACAGACUGCAUCUACCAUCGCGCAGCGUCGAGUACCUGCCCCGGCGCGCCAGUUCGUCUGAAGUCCUUCCGCGAAGCCUUCUGGUGCAGCCACUUGCAGACUCCCUGCUUGUUGACGUAGGUCGCGAGCUAGGGGCGGCUGCGCGUUGGCAAGAGGCGCGUUGGCGUUGGUGGCGGUGCGACAGAAGACGAUGGCGGAGCUUCCAAGAAGACCGAUCGCCACCACCGGGAGUUAGUUGUAACGCUUGAAGGCAUUGCCUUCUGGUAAACCUACCCGCGGCACGCCGAUCCCGCAUACGCCGUCUGCCACACAUCGUAGCGGCGUUUUAUCCAAGCCUCUGACGGUGCAAUAUAGGGACGCGUUAGUUGGAUGCUGGACUUUUGGUGAGAACUGUAUGUAUCGUUUCAAUGUUGGACGCUCUUGUUUUCGUGUUGCAGCGUUAUUUACGCCUGAAUAAUCUUUGGCUUGUCAAUUGA